UAACGUUCAGACUUCAGAGCUAUAUCUACUACUCGUCUCUCCCCCAAAUGAUGUUCUGAAAAAGCUAUUUUCCUUUUCCCUCUACAUUUUGUUCUUCUUCACUUUCUGUUUCCUUCCGUCCUCUUUUUGCAUCUCUGUUUUUCUUCUUUUUAAUCUCUCGGUGAACCCACCCGAGGAAAAAAAGCAGAGGAGAAAUGCUAUCGAGGGUUAAUGGCGUCGUUUGGAUGGAGGAACCAGGAGAGGAAGAAGACGACGUUUCAUGGACCAGGAACAACGUCGGAGGAGGAGCAGACAAUAAAGACGAGAUGGGCUCUCUGUCUACGUUCAAGUCUAUGCUCGAGGAUGACUGGUACGUGAAUAGCAACGGAAACCCAUCUCACCAUGACUUUCAAACCAUCCAAAGCCAUCAAGAAAUCAAAGACAUUGCUUUCUCUUCCAACCCUUCUGCAGAGACCCUACUGUUGCAGCCGGUGGACUCUUCGUCUUCAUGUUCUCCAUCGUCAGUGUUCAACAUUGACCCCUCCCAAGUACAGUCGUUCUUGCCUCCUAAAUCUUGCUUUUCUUCUCUCCUCAACGUUGUCUGUAAUAACCCUUUUGAGAAUGGUUUCGAUUUGGGCUGCGACCCGGGCUUUCUCGCGCCGUUGCAAGGGACCCAGAGUUCGGGCUCCCCUGUUUUGGCAAACAGGGGAAGCGGUGUCUUGAGUGGAUUUAACGGUUUGACUACAGAUGGUCAGAUGAGUACUCCCGAUCUGAGUUCUAAUUCGCAAUUCCCCAGUACCAGACUGCUGCCUUUGGCCGAGAACGGUUGUGCUGUCGGUGGCAGUUUCAGUUCGAUUGGUUUUGGAGGUUUCGAAGGUUCUGCUAAUAAUCUGUUUCUGAAUAGGUCUAAGGUUUUGAGGCCCCUGGAAAYUUUCCCGCCUGUUGGAGCACAGCCCACUCUUUUCCAGAAGAGAGCUGCUUUCCGGCAGAACUCUGCUGCAGCGGCGGGCAAUUCGGUUUUGAUGGGUUCAGAAAGUUGUCGUGUUUCAGCUAGUGUUGAGGAAAACAAGGGGAAGGGUGAGUUGGAGGAAGAUCAGGAGAAGAAGAGGAAGAACAACGAGGAUGAUGAGGUGGAAGAAGGGAGCGUCGAUGGGUCGGGUUUGAAUUAUGACUCGGAUGAAGCUAUGGAGAUUAACAAGGUCGAUGAGAUUGUCAAGAAUGGAGGCAACAGUUCCAUUGCAAACAGCACUGUCACUGGUGUUGAUCAGAAGGGAAAGAAGAAGGGGCUCCCAGCUAAAAAUCUGAUGGCAGAGAGGCGGCGUAGAAAGAAACUAAACGACAGGCUCUACAUGCUGAGGUCUGUUGUUCCGAAGAUUAGCAAGAUGGAUAGAGCUUCAAUCCUUGGAGAUGCAAUAGAUUACUUGAAGGAGCUUCUGCAAAGGAUCAAUGACCUCCACAAUGAACUAGAGUCAACGCCUCCUGGUUCUUCCAUGCCAUCUAGUACGAGCUUCCACCCUUUGACACCCACGCCUCCUACCCUUCCCUGCCGUGUCAAGGAGGAACUCUGCCCAAGCUCAUUGCCAAGUCCAAAUAACCAACCUGCAAGGGUUGAAGUCAGGGUAAGAGAAGGAAGAGCUGUGAACAUCCACAUGUUUUGUGCCCGCAGACCAGGCCUCUUGCUCUCCACCAUGAAGGCUCUUGAUACCCUUGGUUUAGACAUCCAGCAGGCUGUCAUUAGCUGUUUUAAUGGGUUUGCUCUGGAUGUUUUCCGAGCUGAGCAAUGCAAGGAAGGCCCAGACGUCUUGCCUGAGGAUAUCAAAGCAGUACUGCUGAGUUCGGCUGGCUUCCAUGGGAUGAUGUAGCGCUUCCUCAAUGAUCAAGGACUAUUUUUAGCGGGAAAAAAAACAGACAGAAAACGUCAUCUCUGAGUACAGUCUGUAAAUGCAAUCUGGCUCUCGUGUGACAGUUAAAUGAUGCCGCCAAUCCAAUUUCUUCAGUAGGUUAGGAAUGUUAACCAGAAUUAUGAGUUGGAUUAUGUUAGUGGGGAGCAUUCUCCCUUUAUCACUAGGGUUGAAAAGUAAAAAAAGUGCGUAAUCCUCCUCGGCAAUAUUUGGUUUUAAAUAAUAUUUCUUUUUUGAAUCA